UCCUUCUUCUCCAGACCAAAAGAAAAUCCAUCAAAGCUCACCAAAACCACCCAAUUCCUUCAUAGAGCCUCCCAAAAACAUCAAGCAGACCCCAGUCCAAUACUUUGAACCAUCCCUUGGCUUCUUUCCACUGCCCACUCGCCGCCUGACAGACCAAGCCGCCUUCGGGGAGCAGACACUGCGCUCGCAGGGACAAGAGAUCUCGCCCGCCGCUCCUCCGCUUAGGUCGACCCCUCAGUCACGAUGGCGUACUCGGGAUACUCGUACCAGGACUGGUCGGCACCGGCCGACUACCAGCCCUCAUCCUCCACCGCUUGGGAAUGGGAUGAGCACAGAGAGUCCGGACAGCACGCCCCUCGACGCAUGCAGCACGGUUACUCUGAAGAGACCGGCCACUACGUUUAUGACCUCGGGAGCCUCCGCGAGGACGACCCUUACCGGAUCCAGCCCCGAACCUCGGCAACAAGGCGAAUCACCAGCGGCCCAACCUCGCACAGCCGGUCCGGAGACGAUGGCUACAGGCAAAGCGACAUGCCGUCCAGCAACAGCAACAGCAAAAGAAGGGACGAGAAGGAGAGGAGCAACGGGGGGAGGGGGUCGGCAUCAAGAAGCUCGGCGGCGCACGAGCCGUCUAGGAGCAGGGGUUCGCACCACCGCGCCCCGCCCAGGACGCCAACCAUGGAGCGAUUGGCGACCCCGGAGCUGGCGCCACUCAGCGCAGGGCUGCGCUUCUGCUCGUGUGGGUGCAGCGACGGCCUCCACGAGGAGGAGGAGACGUACAUUCAGGGCCGGGAGAAGAUGGACUCGCACCUGCAAUACGCAUCGACACACAUUUCCAGGCGAAGCGAUGACCGUCGCCCGAGGGCUUGAGAUGUGGUUGGUGGGAGGUUGCUUGGCCUGCGGGUAAUGGAUGGAUGUCGCAGCGCACACUUUUGGGUCAGGUUUUCUGGUUUCGGGGCAAUUGAGGCAUACAGCGAGGCGUUCAGGCGUUCACCAGAGGUUUUGGCUUAAUUUCGGUUGGGUCGAAGGAUUGCGUCGUUGGAUAAGGUGCGGGGCUCGAAUUGGUUUUUUCUUUCUUAUUUCAUUGUUUUAUCGCGUCGACGCGUCGGCCACUUGCCUUUCUGCCUGGGGGAAUGAGAAGAUGAAUUGAGUGUCGUCCGUCGUUGGGUGGAGGCAACAGGAAAGCACCAACAGCGAGCGAGGCAGCGUGGCCAAGUCCGUGCAUGGCCCUUUUUUUUCCUUCUGGGGGCACUGUGAGCAGCCUAGCGCGAAGUCAGCAGACUCGGUGACACGCAGCGCGGCUCAUUCAGUUCGUGCAGUUCGGUAUGAGUCGAUUGCUCGUUGGUUUGGAUUGGCUGCCAGGCAGCAACGGCCAUGUCUUGUGGGUCCCUGGGAGGCCCCGGUCCGUUUAGAACUGCCAUCGGCGAAUUAGAGGCCCGGUCACUGCCAGGGGUCUUUUUCAUCUGGAGCAUCCGCUCUGCUGGCCUUGCUUGAUGAUGGGGUUUCUCAUGAGAGCGAAAGCUGGGGUUGCUCGGUGUGUGCGAAAUUGCGCGCAGGUUUUUUUUUUUUUUUUUAGCGACAAACACUUGGCCGCGAUCUAGGAACUGCUCUUUUUUGUUGCCGCC